AUGGCAUCCGUGGUCGCCAAAUGGGUGAACAGAGGGCCCGGCCCUUCCAAUUUUAACCCAACAAUGACGAUGCAGGGCGAGACGUACCAUUACAUGGGUCCCAUGAUGCCAUCCGAGGAGCGGGUGCCUUCCUACGCUUCCAUUUACAUUCACGACACUGCCUACGCCACCCAGACGCGUACAAGGCUUGGAAACUCUACACGACUGGAAGAGGCAUUGAUGACGCAACUAACGCACAUGCUGCACGAAUGCAACCCCUACGUGCAGACAUUUCUGUGUAUGCGAGAAUGGGCUCAAUCUCCUCACAACAACACUCCAGUCGCGUACCAAAUGGUCAACCAUGCCGACCGCAGGCCAAGUUAUGAGCACGUGCGCCGGUACAAUGGUCCCGAAGCUUCUGAAGUGGCUGCAUUGAUCCCUGGAAAUGAAGACGGAGAGAUUGGGCGAAGAGAUAUCGUCGUUCGCAGGCGAGGGACUCUGAACAGUAACGGGAACGAAGUGUUGGAUCCGAUUUCAGUCAGUCAUCGUGCAUACGAUCCGUUGAGUUACGUGCUUUUGUUCCCGAACGGUAGAGAUGGAUGGUAUCUAGAGCUUCGAUUCUCUAGUGAGGACGACGGCAGACGUACCAAGAUAAAUCCGAUGAUGUUCUACGGAUGGCAUUUGUUCGAAAGGGCAGGUGAGUUCAUCAUGAUCUUACACGCAGCGCGACUCUUUCAGGAAUAUUUAGUUGACCAGUUCUGCAAAGUGGAGGCGGAAAGGCUUUCGUAUCUCCGCCAAAACCAGACAAAGCUUCGAGCGGCGGACUACACCUCACUUUGCGACAGCCUAGGAGACUCCGGUCGUGCUGAAGAUGAAGCCGAAGCUGUACGUGCAGGACGAUUGUUCAUUCUCCCUUCUACGCACAUCGGAUGUGACAGCUACAUGAGGCAGCAGAUUCACGGCAUCAUUGCUAUAUCUAACCAAAUUGGCCACCCGGACAUCUUCCUCACCAUGACAUGCAAUCCUAGCUGGCCGGAAAUCACAAGAGCCCUGCUGCCCAAUCAAACUCCUCAGGACAGACUGGAUCUGUGCGCACGUGUGUUUCGUCUCAAAAUGAAGGAUCUCAUGUCCUUGGUCAUCAACGAGGAUGUGUUCGGAACCGUCGUUGCCCAUGUACGAGUCAUCAAAUUUCAAAAACGAGGUCUUCCCCACGCUCACGUGGUAUUCUUCCUAGAUGAGGUCUCCAAGAAUGAUCUGCGUAAUCCCGAAAACGUCGACCGCAUUAUCUCUGCCGAAAUCCCGUCUGCCCAAGAUCCAGAACUCCAAGAGGUCGUGCUUAAGCAUAUGAUUCACAAUCCAUGUGGGGAACGCAAUCCAACAGCCGUGUGCAUGGGCGAGCAGUACUGCAGGAAAAGGCUUCCAAAACCGUUCAAACACGAAACCAGCCAGUCCGAAAGUGAGUACUACAUCACGUACCGCAGAAGGUCCCCCUCGGCAGGUGGCGUCUCCAUCGAGCGUCCCUCCCGUAUUGGCCGACGACAGCAAUCCGUCGUGGUCGACAACUCCUGGUUCGUGCCCCACAGUCCUCUACUUGUAAGAUCGUUCGCUUUCCAUUUGAAUGUGGAACUCUGCGUGUCACGCGUUGGAGGAAUCAAGUAUCUCUUCAAGUAUGUGUGCAAGGGACAAGACCGAGUGACCAUGGAAAUCACUGCCAAAAACGAGUGCUACGACGAGAUCUCGAACUUCCAAGAUGCCAGAUACGCGGCGCCUCGACCGGCAUCAGGUCCGAAGCUGACCCAGUGGUUUAAAGCCAACGAAAAUUUCCCAAGCGCGAGGCAUAUUCGGUACCACAAGUUUCCAAAGUACUUUACGUGGAAGAAAAGCAGCAAGUCAUGGAAUUUCAGUGGCACGGGCGCCAACGUAGUCGGUCGAAUCUAUACUGUCAGUCCGAGGGAGGGCGAGCGCUACUUUCUUGGCCUCCUCCUCACACAAGUGCCGGGGGCAACAUCCUUCGAGAACUUGCGAAACAUCGACGGCGAGCAGUGCACCAGCUUCCGACAAGCGUGCUUACGACUUGGUUUGCUGGCCAACGAUGCCGAGUGGAAGCACGCCAUCCGAAAUUCAUUCCGGUCAAGCUUCGUUCCCCUUUCUCAUCUGUUCGCUACGAUUCUCGCGCAUUGCCAACCUUCGGAUCCUUUCUCGCUGUGGAACGACCACCUGCACAUGUUUCUCACCGAUAUUCGCAAUCGCGCACGCGGACAACCCAUUCGAAGACAGCAGCUUCGCGAUGAUCAACCACGCCACAUCUUACGCGUAUCCGUCUCGGCAUUGCUUCAAGGAUCCUCCAGCGCCGUUGCGGGACCUUCUAUGCCAACACAAAGUAGUCAUUCCCAUUCCUGUAUCUGCCGAAGCACUUGCAACUUCUCCACAAACUCCGAUACUGGUCGUACAUUGCAACAAGUCGAUCUUAUCAUAUGGGACGAGAUCGCCAUGUGCUAUCAAAACUGCAUUGAGACUGUCGAUCGCUCCCUUCGCGACUUGAUGCAAACCGACCGGCCCUUCGGAGGAAAGUUCCUCGUGCUCGCUGGAGACUUUAGACAAAUCCUUCCCGUCGUUCCGGGCGGGUCCAGAGGUCAAAUCGUGAGCGCGUGCGUCAAAUCUUCCCCGCUGUAUCGAGAGUGCCGAUUCCUGUGCCUUACCGAGAACAUGCGCCUCACUGCUCUCCAAGGGGACCCUGCAGCAGAUGUGGAGGCUCUCAACUUCCCACAGUUCCUCCUCAGCGUCGGGGAAGGCAGACUUCAAUGCGAUCAGCGCCCGGAAUGGAUCUCACUACCACAGUCCGUAGCGUUCGAGCACACCAUCCGCAAUUUAUGCCUCAAGGUCUUCCACGGCAUUCGAGACAAUCACGCCGACCCUACAUGGCUCACAAAGCGCGUUAUACUCACCACAAAGAACAGACCGCUCGAGCAGGUCAACGAAGUCAUCGGCAACAUGAUGCCGGGACCGUAUCGAACAUAUUUAAGCGCAGACAAGGUCGAGAGCGAAGACACCAACGCGCUGAUCUAUCCCACGGAAAUGUUCAACACCUUGACGGCCGGGUCUGAUCUACCAGACCACAAGCUCAAGCUCAAGAAAGGUUUCAUCGCCAUGCUUCUGCGCAAUCUCGAUCCCACUUCCGGUCACGUCAACGGCGCUCGAUAUGUCAUCGAGAAAAUGACCAACAACCUAUUCUUUCUACGCGUUACCUCGGGGUCACAUGAAGGCAACAGACUCUGCAUUCCACGAAUGCCCUGCGGACCAGGUGACGACAACUUUCCCAUUCCUGGCUUUACUCGAACGCAGUUCCCCAUUCGCACGUGCUUCGCCCUUACAACGAACAAAGCCCAAGGCCAGUCCUUCGGAGGCCGCAUUGGUCUCGACCUACGAGAUCAUUGA